AUGAGCAGACAAGUCCCCAGGCUCCGAUGGUUUGGCGGCGACCACCAAUCAAGUGCCUGGUUUGGCCUGGCCAAGUUAUUGAUGCAUGAUGAACAUGUGCGAAUUGAAGCUAUUCGGCGAGGUAGGCGUGAAAGGGCAAGGCGAACGGGCGAGAGAGUCGCAGCAGUCAGUCCGCCUGUCGAGGUCAACGAACCUAGUGUCGAUGCCAAUACCGACACAGAACACCAUCCUGCUGACGCCGGCGAUGAUGGCCCUGAACAGCUUCCUGCAAAUGAAGCAGAUGAAGCAUUUGGCGGUUCUGGGGAAGAAACUCAUGAUGAGGAAGCUGACACCCAGGCUGAAGGGGAUGCCUCUGGUCCUAAGGCUGACGACGAAUCUGGAGAGAACUCCCGUGACAAUAACGAAACAAGCGACCCUCCUGAGAGCCCCGAUGAACAUCCUCCGAACCACCCACCAGACACGCCUACCAAUGAGAACGAGCGUGCGGCUAGUGAAUCUGGACAUGAUGCCGCUGAACACGCGGCAAGUGAAUCCGGAGUCCCCACUAACCGCGAUGUAGAUGAGCAUGAAACAGAUGGGGCGGUUCAAGAGCCUCUGGCGACUGAGGACAUCGCAACUCCAAUAGUAUCCCCAGCGCCAUCACCACCAUCACCGUCGCGUCACUUGUCCAGAACCUCAUCAGGGGCGCGAACAAUCUCACUAUGUUCUGCGUCCAUUCCACCACGACCACGAGAUGCGACAUCACCCAGCGCAUCUGCCACUGCUGUUGAAGGACCGCGCACGAGUUCUAUCACUCGGCAGCCAUCGAUCUCCAGCUCUCACACGCGAGCAUCUUCU